ACAAAUUUCUACAAACAGAGUUAGACUCAGACAGUCACCCCUCUCUCUCUCAAUGAGAAUUUCAAUGGCGGCACUCGCGUUGAUAGCCAAACAAACCAGUAUAUACUAUGUACUCAUGCUCUCAAUCCUCUGCACUGUCUCCUAUUUCAUCGCUAUCUGGCAACGCUCCGCCUCCUCCACCAGCAUUGAAAACGCAAUCCAAUGCGAUUUUCUCAAUCAAACCACCGCAGUCUCUGCCGUCACCACAGCAAUCAAUCUAGACUUCUAUGCCCACCACCAGGCCCAAGACCCGCCUUCCACGGCGGCGCGUGUAAUUCACCUCCCGCCUUGUGAAUCCAAUUUCACCGAGUACACGCCCUGUGAGGACGUGGAGCGGUCGCUGAAAUACGAUCGGGAUAGGAAUAUAUACAGAGAGAGGCACUGUCCGGAGAAGAAGGAGGUGUUGAAGUGUCGAGUGCCGGCUCCGUUUGGGUACAAAGUGCCGUUCCGGUGGCCGGAUAGCAGGGACUUGGCGUGGUAUGCGAAUGUGCCUCAUAAGGAGCUGACUGUGGAGAAGAAGAACCAGAAUUGGGUCCGGUUCGAGAGGGACCGGUUCAGGUUUCCGGGCGGAGGGACAAUGUUUUCGCACGGUGCGGAUUCGUAUAUUGAUGAUAUUGGGAAAUUGAUCAAUCUCUCCGACGGGUCUAUCAGGACCGCCAUUGAUACAGGUUGCGGGGUCGCGAGCUGGGGAGCUUACCUUCUGUCGCGGAACAUCCUAACAAUGUCGUUUGCUCCGAGGGACACCCAUGAAGCUCAAGUGCAAUUCGCUCUUGAGCGCGGAGUUCCAGCAUUGAUUGGAGUUCUUGCUUCCAUUAGGCUUCCUUACCCUUCAAGAGCUUUUGACAUGGCUCACUGCUCACGCUGCCUCAUUCCUUGGGGCCAAUAUGAUGGACUUUACUUGAUCGAAGUUGAUCGAAUUUUACGUCCCGGUGGGUACUGGAUUCUGUCCGGACCGCCAAUAAACUGGGAGAGAUACUGGAAAGGUUGGGGAAGAUCAAAAGAGGAUUUGCAAGCAGAGCAAAAUAAGAUUGAGAGUAUAGCGAAAAGCCUGUGCUGGAAAAAAUUGAAGCAGAAGGGAGACCUUGCUAUUUGGCAAAAACCCACUAAUCAUAUCCACUGUAAAGCCAACCGUAGAGUGUUCAAACAGCCAAGCUUCUGCAAUCCAAAGAAUCCGGACAAUGGAUGGUACACCAAAAUGGAGAAAUGUUUGACUCCUCUUCCUGAAGUGUCCAACAUUAGAGAAAUUGCAGGUGGGCAGUUGGCAAAAUGGCCAGAGAGGUCGACUUCAAUACCUCCCAGAAUCAGCAGUGGGAGUUUGGGUGGAAUCACGGCAGAAAUUUUCCGAGAAAACACAGAGCUAUGGAAGAAGAGAGUUGCAUAUUACAAGACUCUGGACAAUCAACUAGCAGAGCGUGGACGAUACCGCAACUUGCUGGACAUGAAUGCGAACUUGGGAGGCUUUGCAGCUGCACUUGUCGAUGAUCCUGUGUGGGUUAUGAAUGUUGUCCCCGUCGAGGCUGAGAUCAAUACUCUUGGGGUCAUCUACGAACGCGGAUUGAUCGGAACUUAUCAGAACUGGUGUGAGGCCAUGUCAACUUAUCCAAGAACAUACGAUUUCAUCCAUGCUGAUUUUGUUUUCACCCUCUACGAGGGCAGAUGUGAAAUGGAGGAUAUAGUGCUAGAAAUGGAUAGGAUAUUGAGGCCAGAAGGCAGUGUGAUUAUCCGAGACGAUGUGGAUGUUUUGACAAAGAUGAAGAAUAUCAUAGAUGUUAUGCAAUGGGAUGGGAGGAUUAUGGACCAUGAAAAGGGUCCCCAUGAGAGGGAGAAGAUUCUUGUUGCUGGCAAACAGUAUUGGACCUCACCAGCGCCUAAACAAAAUCAAUAAAGGAACCUCUCAACACCUUCAUGCAUAUAUAAAUUGUUUUUUUUUUCCCGAUUAAUUUAAGAUCAAAAUUUUUUAUAUGGGGAAUAACGAACAGUCGGAAGAUUCAUACAAAAUGAAAGAUUUUUAUGUGUGUUGGGGAAUAACGAACAGUU